AAUCAGCUCUUUUGCUUUCUGAUUGUGUUGAAUAUUGCUGUUUAUUUAGCUGUUUAGCUGUAGAUGUCUCUGAUUUAUUGGAAAUUUUGAUUGAUUUUUUUAUUGUUAUGUGCCUAGCUAAGCAUAACCUUUAACUCAUAUAAAGCCCUACUGGUCAAUAGAUACUUGAUCCAAGGUUAUGUCUGGUGAUUCAAGAGGAAAGAUCUCUGAAAUUGCUCCAAGAUCAUUUGAAAAGUCUUAUGGUCUUUUUCAAAAAUAUGCAGAUGGAGCAUCAUCAGUAUUAUCAACACCUUGCAAGGAUGCAGAGGAGUGUGACAGUUGGCAACAGUUCAGAUUGUUCCCAUCCAGCUCUUCUGAGAUAAGCUAUGGUUCCUAUGAAUUCUUUGGUCUUGGAGCCCCAAAUGCUGGACAUGAUGGAAGUUCCUGUGAUGGCACACAGACUGCUGCUCUGAUGGAUGAUAUGCUGUUAGACUGCCAUUUGCCUUAUCGAGGUUCCUCUAGGAGGUCCAGGUCACCAUUUUCAGACAGUGAUAGCAGUCAGCACACCUCCUUCAGCGAUAUGUCAGGAUCGUCCACUUUAUUUGACACACCGUGCACAAAGCCUAGACCCAUCGGCUCACGUGGGAGAGGAGGGGAUACUGCUGCAAUGUGUAGAGCGAAAAGCAGAGGGAUCUUCAGGUCAACAGGUGCUAAUAACAUCCAGAGCUUUUAUUCAAACAUGGCCACAACAGCAUCACGUGGCACAAAACGGAUGCUGAUGGCUCCAGUCCCUCCGGGCAAGUUUGCCAAGAAGCAGAGGGUUGAAAUGAGCAUCAGGGCAGGACUGAAUUUUGCAAAGGACAGCCAUAUUUCCUCUGACGGAAAGGAUGCGAAAGAAAAAGAAGCUGUGGAGGAGAAGCGUGUUAGAGUCAGAGAGAAGAGAAGACGUAGACGAGAGAAGAACUGCGAGAAAUAUGGAGACAAGCACAGAUUAGCUUUCACAUGUACCUUUUGUAAAUUUCGCACGUUUGAAGACAAAGACAUUGAGAAGCAUUUUGGAAGCACAUAUCACCAGGAAACACUGGACUACAUUCGGCGGCAGGCCAAGUUUGAUGAUCGGGUCAUUAGCUUUCUCCAUGACUGUAUGGUACACAAGUUUCGUAAGACAGUGUCCGCUCUGUGCAAGCUGCGCAGCCUUUCAGAACAGAAAGCAAACCAGAAAGUGAUGGAAGGGGUGACUGAAGAUGACUACAUGAGGAAGGUGGAAGUGGUGCACUGUAUGGCCUGCAACAUUUACAUUCCUGCUGUCUUUACUUCUGUCCAGCAACAUCGACGUUCCCCUCUACACCUAAAAACCAAAGUGGUUUACAAAGAGCAGCUGAAACGGGAGAGUGUAUUGACGGCUAAAGCCAUAAUAAAUAAUGACACUGUUAAAAUCCGCUAUGAGAGAUACAUCAAGGGAGAAGACCCUUUUGUAGUUGAUGCCAAAGACACAAGCUCAGAUUUGUCUGAACCUGAGGAUGAUAAGAUGGAAAACGAGGACUAACGAACAUGCUCUGAUGCUUGUUAUACAUGUGUUGCUUAAUCCAUGUGAUUUCAUCCAACAUUAGGAUCUGUAAAGGUCUCAGGUUGUGUUGCUCCUUUAUAAGUAGCAAAAAUAGUUCAGGUGGAGUUGGUACCUCUUAAUGUAAGUGUUAAUCAUUCAGUUAAACAUUAAUGGCAGAGUUUCAGGUGUUGAUAUAAUAUUGGAAUAGAGGUGGUUACUGUUAAGUAUUGCAUUUUGUACUGGAGUGUUGUGUGUGGACUGCGUGUGGGACAAUACAUCCAUGCAAUGAAAUUUUUAGUCCAUGCUUUGUGUCUAUCCCUUCUUUCUUCCUUCCUUUGCUAGUUUCCAGUCCAUGUAGUGUUGUGCCAUUUCUAAGGGAACUUUUUGAGUAUGCCUUAAAAUGCUUUGUAUCCCUUUGUGUCAGUGAGCUGUUGUAUGUCCACUGUUGUAUUGAAAUGACACAAAUCACCACCGUCCCCAUCUCAUUGUCCUGAAUCAUCCAUUCACUCAUUAUGUAUCUUUGCAACAUAUGUAAACGGU